GGUGACAAAUCCCCAAAACCAAAAGGAAUCAGAAUAUAACCACGUGGAUUCCAACCCGACCCGAGUCGACCGACAGGAAGCGCGAGUAGUAGUACUACAUACAUGCCUGCAGUUUCACCACUCACUAGCGAUCUCUCUUCUUCAAUCCAGAUUUACUUCUUCUUCUUCUUCUUCUUCUUCUUCAAAUAUGGACUCAUCAACUUUGUUAUACAAUCAGCUUAAGGAAGCCCAGCCGUUCUUCGUGUUGGCUGGUCCCAAUGUGAUUGAAUCCGAGGAACAUAUUUUGCAUAUGGCGAAACAACUUAAGGCUGUCACAUCAAAACUCGGAUUGCCACUAGUUUUUAAGUCUAGCUUUGACAAAGCUAACAGAACUUCAUCAAAAUCCUUUCGAGGGCCUGGAUUAGCCGAGGGAUUGAAGAUCCUUGAAAAGGUGAAAACAACAUAUGACCUGCCCAUUGUGACCGAUGUACAUGAAUCUGACCAGUGUGAAGCAGUUGGCAGGGUUGCAGAUAUAAUUCAAAUUCCAGCUUUUUUGUGCCGACAGACUGAUCUUCUAGUUGCAGCUGCCAAGACCGGAAAGAUUGUGAAUAUUAAGAAGGGCCAGUUCUGUGCUCCCUCUGUCAUGACAAACUCUGCAGAAAAAGUUAGAUUGGCUGGAAAUCAAAACGUCAUGGUUUGUGAGAGAGGGACCAUGUUUGGUUACAAUGAUUUAAUUGUUGAUCCACGCAACUUCGAGUGGAUGCGAGAAGCUAAUUGCCCUGUUGUAGCAGAUGUCACACAUGCAUUACAGCAACCUGCUGGGAAAAAGCUGGAAGGUGGCGGUGUUGCGAGUGGAGGUCUUCGGGAAUUGAUACCUUGCAUUGCAAGGACAGCAGUUGCUGUCGGAGUGGACGGACUUUUCAUGGAGGUGCAUGAUGAUCCACUUAAUGCUCCAGUUGAUGGUCCAACACAAUGGCCUCUGCGCCAUUUUGAGGAGCUGCUAGAAGAGCUGAUGGCAAUCGCUAGGGUUACCAAGGGGAAGAAGCAAUACAAAAUCGAUCUCACUCCAUUUCGUGAGUAAAAAACUCUUGUAGACUGGUUUUCCAUGCGUGAUCAAACAGAAAGGCAAGAGUCUGUGGAUGUGCCUGAACGUGUGAAAGAUCACAGCAUCAUAAUCUAUUAAUCGAUGUCUUAGAAUCUAUUGUUUGAGAAAUACAAUGUUGUUGAAUUCAUGGUGUAUCAGUAUCUAGCUAUUAGUUUAUGAUUUGGUUCCUCUAUGUUCCUUUCAUUUUAGGGUUGGUUAUCUUUCUUAAUAGAUGUUAAGAGAGUUUGAAUAUGAACACAUUUAUUAUAUAUUAUUGUACGAACUAUACGGGUAAUGUCAGAUCUUGCAUGGGUUUGGACG